UUAUAAGCGAAGUUGACUGUACUUCAUAAGUCACUUGCCGGGCAGUUCUGAAGAAGUGAGCUAUCGUUCGCAACUUUGUGUGGCUUCUUACCGUUUGCGUUUUCGAGAGGCUGAAGCAAUUUGUAAUUCUACACCGAGAAAGGUUGCAUUAGGGAAUCGCUAAUCAUGGCGAGCGGACCUGCAUAUACUCCAAUUCAGACCACAACUACAGAGGAGGGCGCCGAAUGGCGUGGUGGCCUGCCCACAAGCGGCUUCAAGCACUUGCAGCGAAUGUCGAUCCUACUAUUCGCCUUGUCAGUGGUUAACCUGGGCCUUCAGGCGUACGUACCCACGGCCAUGACAUCGUCGGGAGACUAUUCGGUGGACAACAUCGCCUCCAAUGCCCCGUGGGCGGCCGGUGUAACUUUCUGCACGUCAUUGUACAUGGUAUGGCUAGCAACGUGUGCCCUGCGAGGAAUAAAGAAUUCCAAGGUUCACCUGGUAUUCGGUUGCAUCGGUAUGUCCCUGACCUUUGGCAUCUUGCAUGGCGGAGUAGUUGUCAGUAGCAGUACUGCUAGUAAUCUGCAGUCUGUGCAAAGUGACCCGUCACACAUCUGCCGCUACUUCAACAACACGGAGACUACAGCCCAGCCUCCGGUUACUCUACCCUUCGGAUGUUUCGACUGCAAUCCAAGCUAUUCGGGGUCGAACGUGCGACCGAACAUGUGCUGUUGCUGCUACAGGGACCUGUUCAGCUUAACCGGCCAAACCACCAUCAAGUUCAACGGAGUCAACAACUGUCAUGAUAUUUUCACAUACGUGUAUCCGAUGUCGAUGACAUCGGCAAUCAUUUACGGCGUCUCCAUGCUCCUGUCGGCCAUCAUGUUUGUGACGAUGUGUAUUGUAGGAUGCUGCCAGUGUUAUGCUUGUUCGUCUUUCUGUGGACCGUUUCCUCCCAACGGUGGUGUGUGCAUGCGCACCAGUGGAACAAGGACAUUCACCGCUAACGCCCAACAGACUGCUCCGGUGUACACCGUAACGCCAACAAUGGCCUACCCUGUAUCAGCCCCAGCAGCUGCAGCGGGUACACCAGCCGGGUCAAGCACCGCAGGGCCAUACCAGUAUGGUGGUACCUGUGAAGCACAGAAUCCAGCAGCAGCAGCAAGGCUUGGUGCCACGGCUCCUCCAUCCUACACUGAUACGAUUGCAACCAAGGCAUGAUUCCGAGCGCCAUCUGAGAUGCUCGCUUUGCUGGCGAUUGUUUGGAACCAGCAAUGUGCCCAUCCCAAAGAAGUCUUCUGUUCCUCUCUCACUGAUUUAAUGUUUAGAAGAAUUAAAGAAAUUGAUAUGCCUUUGUUUGUCAUUCAAACCCCUGCAUUGUACAGUACACACACACAUGCACAGUAAAACCUGCGACCACCCAGCGGUGCAAGCAAAAGCGGUCGUUAAAGCCAGGUGGUCUUUAGAACCAGGUCCCACAGCGCCUGUGUGGAGCUGUCGGUGCAUGGAGAAACGGUCGUUAUUAAGAGCAGGUGGUCGCUAAACACGGAGGUCGCUUGCACCAGGUUUUACUGUAGCAACAACAGUAUGGUAACACUGCCUCAAGGCUACACUCAAGGGUGAUCACCACAUACAUGUACGUUUAGAUAUUGUAAUUUCACUAAAUUUCGGUGUACUUUUAUUUUCGGUACUUUCGGUGCAUCUAUUUCAUACCUAAAUGUUCAAUACGCCGAACAAACCCUAACACACAUAAUCCAAUAGGGAACUGCUUCUCUGUACCGAACAUUUCUGUUCACCUAACCUGGCCUUUUGCUCUCAUACCGAAAAUAUUGAGCACUGAAAAUUUCUGAAGUUAGAGUAAUCAUAUUGAUGACGUACAUACUUCGAAGUACAUAUAGAGUAAAUCGUGCUCAUUACGUACAUCUAGAUUGCUCACAACUCAUAUACAUGUACAUGUACGUGUACAUGUGUCCCUUCCAUUUUGGUACAUGUUUUCUAAUAGGCAAGGAUUUACCGAUAUUUCCGUUUCAAAUCAAUCUAUUAUCUUAUUAUAUUAGUGGCGUAACUCAGAAGGAUUUCCUGGAAUCAACUUUCUUUCGUGGAGAGAUAUUUGAACAAUAUUAUUAUCGAAUUCACGUGGUAUGUUCAUUGUACAGCUAUUGGUGAAAAGAGGUGUGCCCCGUGUGGUUAUCAGCUUUUCUAUUUUUAUGACGAGGCUUUUUUCUUUCUAUUUUUUAGUUGAGUGAUUAUACAUGUGAGUAACGUGCGCCACAAUGCGAGAUCUUACAUGUCCACCCUAAUUUUUCCCAAUCACCUUGCCAGAGUGUACUAAGAUGAAAUCACCAAUAUUAUGCUGCUUGUGUUCGAGUUACAAUGCACAUGAA